GCGUCCUCCUAGUGGCGGUCGUUUUGGCUUUUCUCGGAUUUGUUCCCUUGGCUGGAGGCGCUGGAGCUUUGGGUCGUAAUCGUAGUGAGAGGACCGAGACGGCGCGACUGGAGUUGUCUCCCUGAGGCACAGAACCGUGUCUGAGGCUUGGCGGAGCCGCGGUGGUGACCCGGCAGACCCGGGAUAGGGACCGCCGCUCCUGUCCCCGAUCCGCCCAUAGUGUCCGAUGGCGGUGGCCGAGCCGAGGGACCCGAUUCAGGGCAUUGUGACCUUUGAAGACGUGGCGGUGUACCUCUCCUGGGAGGAAUGGAGUCUCCUUGAUGAGGCUCAGAAAUGCCUCUACCACGAUGUGAUGCUGGAGAACCUGGCUCUUAUAACCUCCUUGGGUGAUUGUGGUGGAACAGAGGAUGAGGAGGCAUCUUCCCGGUGGAGCAUUUCUCUGCAAGGACUGUUGCAAGUUAGGACUGCCAAGGGCCGUCCUUCUCCCCAGAAGGCCAGCCCUUGUGAGAUAUGUGGCCCAGUCUUGAGAGACAUUUUGCACUUUGUUGAGCACCAGGGGUCACAUCAUGGGCAGAAACCGUACAUGGAUGGGGCAUGUAGGAAACGACUGCGAUUCACUACAUACCUUCAUCAGCACCAGAAGCAGUACAUUGGACAGAAAUACUUCGGAAGCAACAUGAGCAGAGACUUGUUUUUAAACAACUGCAAAUUCCAUUUAUCUGGGAAAUCCUUUAUCUGCAGGGAGGUUGGGGAGGAUUUCCUGGCCAGCUCAGGAUUUCUCCAGCAACAGGCUACUCACACUGGGAAGAUGUCAAACAGCAGAAUCAAGAGUACUAUGGCCUUUUACAUUGUAAAAAGUCAUUACAGCUGGGGAGAAUGCAUGAAAGCUUUCAGCUAUAAGCAUGUACUUUUUCAGCACCAGAGAGCCCUCAGUAGGGAAAGAUGUUACAUGUCCCGUGAAUGUGGAAAGUUCUUUAGCACUAGCUAUAGCCUCAAUGAUCAUUUGAGCGUUCACACUUCAGAAAAGCCUUACAAAUGUGGGGAAUGUGGGAAAUCGUAUAGGCAAAGCUCUAGCCUUACUACACACAGAAGAGUUCACACUGGAGUAAGACCUCAUCAAUGUGAUGAAUGUGGAAAAUUAUUUAGCAGGAAAUAUGCCCUCGUUAUACAUCAGCGAGUCCACACUGGUGAAAGGCCUUAUGAGUGCAGUGAGUGUGGGAAAUCCUUUAGCCAUAGCUCUAGCCUCAUUACACACCAGAGAAUUCACACUGGAACAAGGCCUUACGAGUGCAGUGAAUGUGGGAAAUCCUUUAGCCAGAGCUCUAGUCUCAUUACACACCAGAGAGUUCACACUGGAAUAAGACCUUAUAGGUGUGGUGAAUGUGGGAAAUCCUUUAGCCAGAGCUGUCACCUCAUUAAACACCGGAGAUUUCACACUGGAGAAGGGCCUUAUGAGUGUAGUGAAUGUGGAAAAUUCUUUACUUAUAGCUCCCGUCUCUUCCAACACCAGAGAGUUCACACUGGAAUAAGAUCUCAUGAAUGUGAUGAAUGUGGAAAAUUAUUUAUCAGGAAAUUUGACCUCAUUGUACAUCAGAGAGUUCACACUGGAGAAAGGCCUUAUAAGUGCAAUGAAUGUGGAAAAUCCUUUACCUGUAAAUCCUACCUCAUUGCACACUGGAAAAUUCACACUGGAGGAAAGCCUUAUGAGUGUGGGGAUUGUGGGAAAUCAUUUACCCAUAGCUCUACACUCCAGCAACACCAGAGAGUUCACACUGGAGAAAGGCCUUAUGGAUGCAAGGAAUGUGGGAAAUUUUUUAGUCAGAGCUCUAGCCUUAUUAGACAUAGGAGAAUUCAUACAGGAGAAAGGCCUUAUGAGUGCAGUGAGUGUUGGAAAUCCUUUAGCAACCAUUCUAGCCUUGUUAAACACCGAAGAGUUCACACUGGAGAAAGGCCUUAUGAAUGCAAUGAAUGUGGAAAAUCCUUUAGCCAGAGCUCUAACCUCAAUAAUCACCAGAGAGUUCACAGAGGGGAAAGGCCUUAUGAGUGUAGUGAAUGUGGGAAGUCUUUUACCUUCAACUGUAAUCUUCUAAAACACCAGACUGUUCACCAGGGAUAAAGGUUAGGUUGUUAGGGAUUGAAAAGUGUCUCUGCAAAAUUUAUAUUUUCUUUCUUUUUUUUUAAAUAACACUUCAGUGUGUGUUCUCCCAGUUUUUUUCUAUAUUAAUAAGUUUAUACACAUGCAUACUACUGUUUCUGUCUCAUACAUAUGAAACCAAAUGGUUUCUUUUUUCAAUUUUUAAUUUUUAAAUGACAAAUGUACAUAUUGAUGGGGUACAUAGUGAUG